AUGUGUUUUUUCCUCUCAAUAGUAAGAAUUAAAAACUACAAAGUAAAAAUAUGGUUUUGUCUAACUUAUUAUAGGAUAUUUUAUCUAUCACUUUUAAUAUUCAAUUAUUUUUUUACCAUGUAUAAAUCAAUGAGUUGUGGAAACAUGAAAAUAAAAGUUCUUCCUGCAUUACAAGAUAAUUAUAUGUAUUUAAUUAUUGAUGUAAGAACAAAAGAUGCGGGUAUUGUUGAUCCUGUUGCUCCAGAUACAGUUUUAAAAGCUGUUAGUGAGGAAAAUGUAAAUCUUAAAUAUGUACUAACUACCCAUCAUCAUUGGGAUCAUGCAGGAGGAAAUAGUGCUUUAAUUAAAAAAUUGCCUAAUUUAACUGUUUUAGGAGGGGACGACAGAAUUCAGGGCCUAUCGAAAAAAGUUGGACAUAAUGAUACUUUCCAUAUUGGAAAUUUACAUGGCGAAUGUCUUUUUACACCAUGUCACACUUCAGGACAUAUUUGCUACCUUAUUAAACAAGAUGGAGAACCUUCUGCUGUUUUUACUGGAGACACUUUAUUCAUAGCAGGUUGUGGAAGGUUUUUCGAAGGAAGUGCUGAACAAAUGUAUAAAGCACUCAUUGAGAUUUUAGGCCAACUUCCUGAUAACACUCUAGUCUUUUGUGGUCAUGAAUAUACAUUAAAUAAUUUAAGUUUUGCAAAAAUGGUUGAACCGAAAAAUUCAAAUAUACAAGAACGAAUCGAAUGGGCUGAAAAAAAAAGGAAAUUGAAUGAACCUACGGUACCUUCAACAAUCAAAGAUGAAAAAUUAACGAAUCCAUUUUUACGUGUCAAUACAACAUCAGUUCAAAGUUUUGUGGGUCAUUCAAACGCCAUUGAUACAAUGAGAGCGUUGCGCGCUAAAAAAGAUAAUUUUAAGGGAUAA